AUGGAUGAGGACUUCUCUGCCCAGAUAAAGAAGAUGGCCUUGUAUGGCACAUCCGUGUCGGACAAGGACACAGAUCGGCGGGCCACUGAGGCGCCACGGUACGGCUCUUUCAACUACCUCCAGUUCUUGGAGUACAUGAAGAAGUUCCAGGCCUCGGGGCAGCUGGAGAGCGUCCUCCGCAAGGCCUUCCAGACCCUGGACAAGGACAAGAGCGGCUUCACUGAGUGGAAUGAGACCAAGUACAUUCUGUCCACCAUCUCCAGCCGUUGGCCCGCCGCCCGGCUGACGGAGGAGGAGGCUGAGGCCAUAAUCCAGGCGGCCGAUAAGGACGAGGACAGGAGGAUUGACUUCGAAGAAUUUUCUGAAUUGAUCAAAAAGGAGAAAAUUCCAAAGAAGAAGUAG